AUGCCAUCUACUAAUGCCAAUUUGCUUCGUCUCUGCGACUGCAUCAUACGGGAGCACUUGGGAGAGAUUGUCGAGGCUGUAGCCCAUGAACUCCUCAAGAGGGGCAGAUUGAACAUUCGACAACUGAUGGACUACACUACCUACAAGGAACGACUCAUCCUAGAAUCGUUGACCACUCUGCUCGACCUCGGCCUCGCCUCUUACAAGGAGCAGCAGGAAGGAAGUAGACUCGUCUCCUAUUACUCGGCCGAUCCACGCAAAAUCCUAUACAGGGCACGAUUCGGUCUCUAUCUCGUCAUUGCCCAGGACAAGUUUGGUGAAUUGGGUGAACUCAUCGUCAAAUACAUCCUCCUCUAUGGUCGUCGUACAUUCAACUCUAUCUUCGAUGCCGUCAAGACCAACUAUCCAGACUACGACGCGCUCUUGGACUCAUUCCAGCAACUCGCUGACGCCAAAUAUAUACAACCUACCACUCCCGACGAUGUCCAAACCUUUGCUGAUAAGCGGCUAGAAGCUGAGAAACAAUGGAAGGAAAAGUCAUCUAGUACAUUCAACAUUCGAACAAAGGACAAGAUGAAGAAGGAAUUGGAUGACGAGGAUCGUAAAGUUUCCGUCGAAAAGACUUUGGAUGGCCUGAAACGGAAAUAUGUGCUUGACGAUGAUGAAUCCUUUCUUCAAGUCAAGAAAAGAAAGACCGUCUUCGAAUUAUAUGUGGAUGACGCCAUCUUCUGGAGAUUGAACUAUGAUCAGUUCCAUAUCAAUCUGAGAAACCAGGCCAUUGUUUCAUUAGCUUCUCGAAAACAUGGUCCUCCAGCAGGUGUUGUUGCCAAAGCCAUCUUGGAUGCUGAAGAAUCAAAGAUGAUUUCUUGCAAAGUGGAUAUCGAUAGUUUGCCGAUGAAACAAUACGAACUCCAAGCCCUCCUCCAAACUGCUAAUAUACCUCUCGCGGUGUAUCAUGUAGACGAAGAUGCAAAACGCGAUAUAGAAGAAGGCCACGUAAAUGGUUCUUCUUCUGUUACUGGAAACGGUCCUCCUCGCCCUCGUACAAAUGGGGCUCCAUUGGCACAACAACAAGAAGUAUACUCGCCAGUCCCAUUCCCCGAACAAGAAAUACUUCUCAGACUGGCUCGAUAUGAUGGUCAUUUCCAAGUCAUCAAGCCAGGUGAUUCUAUGAUGGGUGGUGGAGAGUAUCUUGUUCCACUCAAGGAACACAACCACUUCUUGAAACUUGAAAUACUCCGCAAAUAUGUACUUGAAAGCUUUGGAAAAGUCUCGCUUCGGCUAUGGAAUUUACUGCUCACAGAAAACAAACUGGAUGAAAAGACAAUCAGCAAACUGGCAUUGACAUCGAGCAAAGAGACCCGAAAAGCCUUGUAUCCAUUACUCGAUCGGGGAUACAUUCAGAUGCAAGCUGUACCAAAACGUCUUGAUCUCACAACCCAAAACACCUUCUUCCUAUACUUUGUCAACUUUGACUUGGUCGUAGCAAAUACUGUCGAAACCAUAACAAAAGCACUUGCAAAUCUCAAAGCACGUCGAGCAAUGGAAGUGGAAAAGUUUACCACAACUUUGGAACAUUUGGAAUUGGGUGAAGAGAUGUCUCCAGAUCAACAGCGGCGUCUGGAUAUGCUCAAUAAAAUCAAUCAAGGCUUUAAAGUUGCUGAACAAGAAUUAGAUUAUAUGAUGAUGGUAUUGAAUGAUUUCUGA